GAGAGAGAGAAAGAUUGUUGGGCUUCACUCGCCAUCACAAUUGACAAGUGUUUGUUAAAAAUAUAUAAAUAUUAUUAUUUAUUAGUUAUAAUUAUAAAAAACAUUCAUCAUGAAUGAUUUUGAUCAACCCCAAGUAUUUUUUUCUGAUAAUUUUUCAACUGAUGAUCAACGUGAUGAUUCACAAAAAUUACAAUCAUUUAAAAGAAAAUAUAAAGAAUUUAUACGUCAAUUUCAUGAGGGUAAUUUUAAUUAUAAAUAUCGUGAUGCAUUAAAACGUAAUUAUAAUCUUGGAUUAUAUUGGAUUGAGGUAAAUCUUGAAGAUUUAUCAGCAUUUGAUGAAUCACUUGCUGAAAAAAUAUACAAACAACCAACUGAAUAUUUGCCAGUAUUUGAAGAAGCUGCAAAAGAUGUUGCUGAUGAAUUAACAUCACCAAGACCACUUGGUGAGGAAAAAGUUGAAGAUAUACAAAUAUUAUUGUCAUCAGAUGGUCAUGCAACAUCUCUUCGUGGUACCAAGCCUGAUAUUGUUUCCAAAUUGAUCAAAGUACCUGGUAUUAUUGUCUCAGCAUCUGGUAUACGUUCAAAAGCAACAAAAAUAUCAAUUCAAUGUAGAUCAUGUCGUACAAUUCAGAGUCAUAUUCCAAUAAAACCUGGUCUAGAAGGUUAUGCAUUACCACGAAAAUGUACAACAGAACAAGCUGGUAGACCAAAAUGUCAACUUGAUCCAUUUUUUGUAAUGCCAGAUAUGUGUGAUUGUGUUGAUUUUCAAGUAUUAAAAUUACAAGAAUUACCAGAUCAAAUACCACAAGGUGAAAUGCCACGUCAUUUACAAUUAUAUUGUGAUCGUUAUUUAUGUGAUCGUGUUGUACCAGGUAAUCGUGUGCUGAUACUUGGUAUAUAUUCAAUAAAAAAAGUAUCAACAACUGGUAGUAAACGUGGUGGUAGAGAUAAAGCAUUAGUUGGUGUACGUGCACCAUAUAUACGUGUUAUUGGUAUAUCAGUUGAUGGUGAAAAUACUGGUAGUGGUACAAUGCCAACAUUAACAAAUGAAGAAGAAGAUUUAUUUCGUCGUAUGUCAAAUGAUCCAUUGAUAUAUGAUAAAAUAGCUAAAAGUAUUGCACCAAGUAUAUUUGGUGCAAUUGAUAUUAAAAAAUCAAUAGCAUGUUUAUUAUUUGGUGGUUCACGUAAAAGAAUGCCUGAUGGUUUAUGUCGUAGAGGUGAUAUUAAUGUAUUGAUGCUUGGUGAUCCAGGUACAGCUAAAUCACAAUUACUUAAAUUUGUUGAAACAGUUGCACCAAUUGGUAUAUAUACAUCUGGUAAAGGUAGUUCAGCUGCUGGUUUAACAGCAUCUGUUAUGCGUGAUCCAGUAACACGUAAUUUUGUUAUGGAAGGUGGUGCAAUGGUACUUGCUGAUGGUGGUGUUGUUUGUAUUGAUGAAUUUGAUAAAAUGAAAGAAGAUGAUAGAGUUGCAAUACAUGAAGCUAUGGAACAACAAACAAUAUCAAUUGCAAAAGCUGGUAUAACAACAACACUUAAUACACGUUGUUCAGUAUUAGCUGCUGCAAAUUCAAUAUUUGGUAGAUGGGAUGAUAUUAAAGGAGAAGAAAAUAUUGAUUUUAUGCCAACAAUAUUAUCACGUUUUGAUAUGAUAUUUAUUGUUAAAGAUGUACAUGAAGAAAAUAAAGAUAUAACACUUGCUAAACAUGUUAUGAAUAUACAUGCUAAUGCUGGACAAGUUAAUGAAGAAACAACUGAAGGUGAAUUACCAUUAUCUGUAUUAAAAAAAUAUAUAUAUUAUUGUAGAAUGCGUUGUGGUCCACGUUUAAAUAAAGAAGCUGGUGAUAAAUUACAAAAUCGUUAUGUUAUGAUGAGAGCUGGUACACGUGAACAUGAAAAAGAUAUGGAAAAACGUUUAUCAAUACCAAUAACUGUUAGACAACUUGAAGCUGUUAUACGUAUAUCUGAAUCAUUAGCUAAAAUGCAAUUACAACCAUUUGCAACUGAGGUACAUGUUGAUGAAGCAUUAAGAUUAUUUCAAGUAUCAACACUUGAUGCAGCAAUGUCAGGUUCAUUAGCUGGUGCUGAAGGUUUUACAUCACAAGAAGAUCAUGAAAUUCUUGCAACUAUUGAAAAACAAUUGAAAAAAAGAUUUGCCAUUGGUUCACAAGUAUCAGAACAAAAUAUUGUCAAUGAUUUUAUCAAACAAAAAUAUCCAGAACGUGCUGUUUUUAAAGUUAUUCAUACUAUGAUUAGACGUGGAGAAUUACAACAUCGUAUGCAACGUAAAAUGCUCUACAGACUUAUGUAAAUUUAACAUAUCAAUACUCAAUUAUUUUAUUUUUAAUCAUUUUUUGUCUUUUGCCAAAUGGCCAAUUUUUUUUUUACAAUAAUUUAUAAAAUUUGAUUUUUAAAUGGAUACAAUGGAUGAUGUUCAACUCUGAAACAAAAAAGAAAAAAAAAUUAUAAUUUUGCUUUUUUAAUUUAGAUUAAAUAAUUUUACCCUUUAAAAAAUAGAAAAUUAAAUAUUCUUCCAUUAUUUCCUCGGUCAAGUGCAUUUAGUACAUCAAUUUCAUCAGAACUUAGCUCAAAAUUAAAUAUAUCAAUAUUUUUUUUAAUACGUUCUGGUGAUGAACUUUUUGGAAUGACAACAAGACCUUCUUGUACUAAAUGUCGUAGUAAAAUUUGUCCAGUUGUUUUAUUUUUAUCAUUUGAUAUUUUUCUAACAACUGGAUGUCCAAGUAAAUCAGGAAAUUUUUCUGGAUUAUAAUUAUAUUUUGUUUGAAAAUGAGUUUUAGCACCUGGUGAACCAAGUGGACUGUAACCAGUUACAAUUAUACUGUGAAUUUUACAAAAUUCACGUAAAUCUUUUUGUUGAAGAUAGGCAUGAAGUUCAACCUUAAUAAAAAAUUGUUUUUAUAAUUUUAUUUAGAAUCAAAUAAA